AUGGCUCAUCUAACCCGGGAGGAGCUCGAGACUAUCGAGAAAAACCCUCUCGGCAAUUCGCUCAGCGCCGUUUGUGAGGCUUUGCGCGACGCUGAACCAAAUACUCCUAGCGAAUCCCAGUUAGCCGAGGCAGAACAUGGAGAGAACGGGAUCAACUACCCCGUGAAAGAACCGGAGGGUACUAGUCUUAUUCCGCAAAACCAAGACCUGCCCUACGACAACCGCAUCUUUCGCGUACUGGUCAUCUCUCCGGCGGGACGAUCCAUCAGCCAGUUCAAAUCUGUUGCCGAGCUCCUUGAAGGCCUCCUCCUUGAAGGCCUCUGUGAUGCCAUCAAAGUGCACCGAUCACUCUACAUGGAUGGGAAGAUUCUGCACCGAGACAUCUCGGAAAACAACAUCAUCAUCACCAACCCGGAAACAGCCAACGGCUUCAAGGGCAUGCUCAUCGAUUUGGACCUGGCUAAGGAAGAAGGCACGGGCCCGAGCGGGGCCCGCCAUCGGACUGGUACGAUGGAAUUCAUGGCGAUUGAAGUGCUUCUUGGAAUAUCGCACACGUAUCGUCACGACCUUGAGGCCUUCUUCUAUGUCCUUAUCUGGCUAUGCGCCCGUCGCGGUUGGGCAUUAGUUGGACCUUCAAGAAAGGUGGUGACCAAGUCUAUCCUUUCGCAUUGGUAUACUGGAACAUAUAAGGACAUCGCACGAAAUAAGCUUGGCGAUAUGAUUAAGGCCGAAGACAAAGGGUUUGGACUGGUGUUGAAGGACUUCCCGUCAGAGUUUGACUGCGUCAAGCCGCUUUGCAGGGAGUUACGGCGAAUCCUAUUUCCUAUCUACGACGGUGACCUCUUCACCGGCACACCACAGGAGCCCGAUAUACUAUACGACCCAAUCAUCAAAGCAUUUGAGGAUGUUUUGGCAGAUAUUUGGCAAAGAGACAGAGAUAGAGACAUGAUGGCGUCUCGUGAAAUAGAAUAA